ACACAAAAUCAUGUGACAACUCACUCCAAUUUGCCUAUUAAAACCCCAAUCAAUUUGGCAAAUCACCUAUUAGCCUCGUUACAACUUUCAUGCACCUCCUACGGUAACGAAAACCUUCUCUCGGAUCACCUUCACGACCUUCACCUUCUCUCUCUCUCUCUCUCUCCAAAACAAUUUCUUUAAGACCUAGAAUAUCAAAUUUCCAGCCACUGACGUCAAAAUGUCGAUAACAAACCCACAAUUCGAUCCUUCGAAGCUCCUGUUGAUGUUUUUUGUGAUCACGACAAUUGCAACUCCAAUUCAUGGUUUGAUUCCUAGGAAGCUAGAUGACACUACUGUGACCGGACCACCGGACUCUGGCAUCAAGUGCACCUCUUGCUGCAACCCAUGUAAUCAAAGUCCUCCACCACCACCGCCGCCACCACCACCGACUCCCAAAUUGCCGCCUACCCAGUACUGCCCUCCACCACCUUCGCCAUCGUUCAUUUAUGUAACAGGUCAACCGGGGAAUUUAUAUCCCAUCGAUCCUUAUUUUUCCAGUGCUGGUCGGAAUUUUGCCGUGGCGAUGCCACUUUUGAUGGGUUGUGCAUUGGUGGGGCUUCUGGCAUUUUGGUGAAUUUUGUUGUAAGAUUCAAUGUUUCAAGGAAAGGAGCUUUUUUGGUGAAUUUUAUGCAAAUGUUGAGCUUUACAGAUUCCAAGGACCAGAAAAUUUCUUGGUUUGAUAAGAUUUAAUCCCUAGGAUGGUUUGCUAGCCUUAUCUGAAUUCUCUAGCAUUUGGUGAUUUCAAUAACAACAUUUUCUUUUUUAUUUUCUUAUAAUUUCUGGGAUUAGUGGAUGUAUUGAUCUGAUCUUAAUGCUAUUAUAAUUGUCUCUUCUCUACCACUUCCUUUUUUUAAAUUAACGAUGGUGUUUAGAGUUUUGACCCAACUAAUCCCCAGUAUAUUUAGUCCACGAUCCACAUGUAUCACGUAUGGCCAUGAGGACAUAAAUUAAAUGC